GAUUUACUCUGGUAAUCAGUGCAGUAUGAAUCACUGUUUGUUUACAUGUAGGUCCAAACUCUCAUCCUUGAAGAUGUUAAAUGUCCAACAUCAGCCUCUUCACAUCACCUAGCAGAAGCUUUGUGUUCCAUGCCAAACCUGACCGAACUGACACUACGUGGAGAGAAUUUCCAGAAGGAGUUCUUUAUUACACUGAAUGCAAAGGCAUCAACCUUACAGGUCCAAACUCUCAUCCUUGAAGAUGUUAAAUGUCCAACAUCAGCCUCUUCACAUCACCUAGCAGAAGCUUUGUGUUCCAUGCCAAACCUGACCGAACUGACACUACGUGGAGAGAAUUUCCAGAAGGAGUUCUUUAUUACACUGAAUGCAAAGGCAUCAACCUUACAGGUCCAAACUCUCAUCCUUGAAGAUGUUAAAUGUCCAACAUCAGCCUCUUCACAUCACCUAGCAGAAGCUUUGUGUUCCAUGCCAAACCUGACCGAACUGACACUACGUGGAGAGAAUUUCCAGAAGGAGUUCUUUAUUACACUGAAUGCAAAGGCAUCAACCUUACAGGUCCAAACUCUCAUCCUUGAAGAUGUUAAAUGUCCAACAUCAGCCUCUUCACAUCACCUAGCAGAAGCUUUGUGUUCCAUGCCAAACCUGACCGAACUGACACUACGUCGAGAGAAUUUCCAGAAGGAGUUCUUUAUUACACUGAAUGCAAAGGUCCACACUCUCAGCCUUAAAGGUCUUAAGUGUCUAUCAUCACCCUCUUCACAUCACCUAGCAGAUGCUUUGUGUUACAUGCCAAACCUGAGCAAACUGAUACUACGUGGAGAGGAUUUCCAGGAGGAGUUCUUUACUACAAUGAAUGCAAAGGCGUCAACCUUACAGGAUCUAUCCGCUCUUGUUGAUGCUGUUUAUGCACCUAUCAUAGACGGUCGUCAGGCCGUGUUUUUUUCUCAUCCUCGAUUCGGGAAGUAUUCUUCUGACCUCUCAGAGGAGAAGGAUGACGUUUCGGACGAAGACAAGGACGAGGAGGAGGACAAGGAGGAUAACGUCUCAGACAAGGAGGAUGACCUAAGUAAGCAACACAAUGGCAGUGUACAUCCAUCAAGAUCGCACAGCCGGAUUAAGUGCUGCUCUAUUGUAUAG